ACUACUUCCUAAUAAAUGGCUAAAUAGUCACCAAAAAAAAUGGCUAAAUAAAUUACUUGGAUGGAGGCACCCUCGCCGUUCGCCGACGCCGUCGUGGACGGACUCAUCAAGACGAUGAACGGCACCACACACACUUGCUCCGCUCUCCAGAGUCUAUACCCCUUAGCUUACAUUAAUCUCACCAUGGACCACCAAAACCAAACAAUCCAGGCGCCGCUCCUGCAACAUCAUCAACAACAACAUGGCACGUCCGUGCAAGGCGGCGGCGGCGGCGGCGAGGCGGACAGCCACGGCCACGGCCACCGCCACGGGAGCAACAACAGCAACAAGCUCACGUUCCUUCCGCUCGUUUUCCUCAUCUACUUCGAGGUCGCCGGCGGGGCGUACGGUGCCGAACUCGCGGUGAAGGCGGCGGGGCCGCUCUUCACGCUCCUGGGCUUCCUCGUCUUCCCGUUCGCGUGGGGCGUCCCGGAGUCGCUGGUGACGGCCGAGCUGGCCGCCGCGCUGCCGGGCAACGGCGGCUUCGUCCUGUGGGCGGACCGCGCCUUCGGCCCGCUGGCCGGCUCGCUCCUCGGCACGUGGAAAUACCUCAGCUGCGUCGUCAACGUGGCGGCGUACCCGGCGCUCGUCGCCGACUACCUCGGCCAGGCCGUCGUGCCCUCGGCCGGCGGUAGCGGGACGCGCACGGCCACGGUGGCCGGCAUCACGGUGCUGCUGUCGCUGGUGAACUUCACGGGGCUGAGCGUCGUCGGGUGGGGCGCCGUGGCGCUGGGGCUCGUGUCGCUCGCGCCGUCCGUGCUCAUGACGGCCAUGGCGGUGCCCAAGGUGCGGCCGCGGCGGUGGUGGACGGUGGAGGGCGGGGGCAGGAGCAGGGACUGGCCACUCUUCUUCAACACGGUGUUCUGGAACCUCAACUACUGGGACAGCGCCAGCACCAUGGCCGGCGAGGUGGAGCGGCCGGAGCGCACGUUCCCGCGCGCGUUGGGUGUGGCGGUGGUGCUCAUCGCGGCCAGCUACCUGCUGCCGCUCAUGGCGGCCACCGGCGCCACGGACGCGCCGCCGGAGGCCUGGACGAACGGCUACUUGGGCGAUGCUGCAGGCAUCAUCGGAGGCCCAUGGCUCAAGCUCUGGACGCAAGCCGGCGCGGUGCUAUCCUCCAUCGGCAUGUUCGAGGCCCAGCUCAGCAGCGGCGCGUACCAGCUGCUGGGCAUGGCGGACCUAGGCCUGCUCCCGUCCGCCUUCGCCCGCCGCGGCACCGGCUGCUGCUGCUGCUCCCGCACCCCGUGGGUCGCCGUCGCCGCCUCCUCCGCCGUCACCCUGGCCGUCUCCUUCAUGGCGUUCGACGAGGUCGUCGCCGCCGCCAACUUCCUCUACAGCCUCGGCACGCUGCUGGAGUUCGCCGCCUUCCUCUGGCUCCGCGCCGCGCAGCCGGGUCUCAAGCGGCCCUACCGCGUGCCGCUGGCGUCGCUGCCCGCGCUGGCCGCGAUGUGCGCCGUGCCGUCGGCGUUCCUGGUGUACGUGUGCGUGGUCGCCGGGUGGAAGGUGUUCGCGCUCGCCGGCGCGCUCACGGCGCUUGGAGUUGGCUUGCAUGCCGCCAUGAGGCUGUGCAGGGCCAAGAGGUGGCUCAGGUUUGAAGGCCAGCAAGGACAAGGAGAACAUACAGUUUGAAUUUGAAUUUUGAAGUUUCAACUGUCACAUGCAGGCAGAUGGAUCAAUACGAAAAACAGGAUGCUACAUCCUGCAUUUCUGAUUCCAGACCUGUAUAAAAAUGUAUAAUUCAUCAUUGUAACUAAAGUUUUGUGUCCUGUCAUACAUUUGAUACAUACAUA